AUGAUCGACUCUAACUGGCCUCUUGUUCCUAUUGCUCUGUUCUAUCUAGUUUGUGCAGUAGUUGGAAUAAUUGGCAAUGGUAUCAUGGUUAUGGUAUUCAUGAAAGAAUCCAAGUUCAAACUUCCUGUCAACUAUCUGAUUACACUGAAUUGUCUUGCUGAUUUGUUUCAUGUAUCCGGUCACUUUGUUUUCAAUUAUCAGUUGGUCACAGAUGAAACCUCUAGUCAAGCUAACUGCUUUUUUAUGCUUUUCCACACAGUUAUUGGAUACUGUAUCAGUGGUCCUCUGUUGCUGGCGAUUGGUUUCGAUAGACUCAUCGCUUGUCGUUUCCCAAUCAAUUAUAGAACUUUGUUGAGUAAUGGAACACUCUAUCUUUGUGCUCAAUUGCUAUUCCCGGUGGCUUUUACCACGGUUCUGAUAGGUUAUGGAUCUCAGCUGAUAGAUUUCAAUACACAGAUAGUGUGUAUGGCUCCUUUGGCUCUUCCACGUCAAGCAUUCGGAUACUUCACUUAUGCCAGUAAUGUCAUCAAUGUGGCUAUUGUGAUUGUCUACAUCUACUCCUAUGUUGUACUGCGUGGAUACAAGGAACGAGAUGCCAGGAGAAUGAAAUAUGUCUUCAAGUCAAUCUCCUUCACUGUUGUCAUAGUUUUAGUUGGCUGGACAACGGUUACAAUUGGAAAUACCGUGGCGAUCGGACUGAUAGAAAAUCAAAGAAUAUCUGAGAUUGUUUCCAUUCAUGCUGGACUCGGUGUCAACAUUUCCUGUUCUGUUAAUGUUUUUGUGUUCUAUGCGAUAAACUCUGAAUAUCGUUCUGGAAUUCGCCGCCUCUUCGGAUUAACAGUUCAGUCUUCAGAUAUCAGCAAGAGCGAUCCGUCGGGAACUACAAAAAGGAUGAGCCUGGUGGCACCAGCUACGCUACAAUUUUAA